AUGGCCUGGAAAGGCUGCAGCGUCGAUCUCACGCGCAUUGCCUGGUACGUCGGUAGCGGUCAUACUGAACCGCGUCGGCUCCCCCACCAUCGGCUCCUGCGAGCACGCGUACGCGUCGAGGACGACGACGUCGAAGACCUCGCUUCGCGAAUGGAGGGCGUCGAUAAGGACGACAUCUUCGACAGCAUAUGGCGAGACGGUGGCCAUCAAAAGCGCGACGCAGAGCUGGCCACCCGCAACCCGCUCUGGCACUGA